GAGCUGGUGGAGAAGGAAUUCUGGCGGCUGGUGAACAGCAUCGAGGAGGACGUGACGGUGGAGUACGGCGCCGACAUCCACUCCAAGGAAUUCGGCAGCGGCUUCCCCAUCAGCGACGGCAAGAGGAAGCUCUCUCCCGAGGAGGAGGAGUACGCCGGCAGCGGCUGGAACCUGAACGUGAUGCCGGUGCUGAAGCAGUCGGUGCUGUGCCACAUCAACGCCGACAUCUCGGGCAUGAAGGUGCCCUGGCUCUACGUGGGCAUGGUCUUCUCCGCCUUCUGCUGGCACAUCGAGGACCACUGGAGCUACUCCAUCAACUACCUCCACUGGGGCGAGCCCAAGACGUGGUACGGCGUGCCGUCCUUCGCGGCGGAGCACCUGGAGGAGGUGAUGAAGAAGCUGACGCCCGAGCUCUUCGAGAGCCAGCCCGACCUGCUGCACCAGCUCGUCACCCUCAUGAACCCCAACACCCUCAUGGCCCACGGCGUCCCCGUCGUGAGGACCAACCAGUGUGCCGGCGAGUUCGUCAUCACCUUCCCGCGGGCGUACCACAGCGGCUUCAACCAGGGCUACAACUUCGCCGAGGCCGUCAACUUCUGCACCGCCGACUGGCUCCCGGCCGGCCGGCAGUGCAUCGAGCACUACCGCCGCCUGCGCCGCUACUGCGUCUUCUCCCACGAGGAGCUCAUCUGCAAGAUGGCCGCCUGCCCCGAGAAGCUCGACCUCAACCUGGCGGCCGCCGUGCACAAGGAGAUGUUCGUGCUGGUGCAGGAGGAGCGCAAGCUCCGCAAGGCGCUGCUGGAAAAGGGUAUCACGGAGGCGGAGAGGGAAGCGUUCGAGCUGCUGCCCGACGACGAGAGGCAGUGCGACAAGUGCAAGACGACGUGUUUCCUCUCGGCGCUGGCCUGCUACGACUGCCCGCAGUGCCUCGUCUGCCUCUACCACAUGGACGACCUCUGCAAGUGCCCCCGCAGCAAGCAGUACCUCAGGUACCGCUACACGCUGGACGAGCUGCCGGCCAUGCUGCACAAGCUGAAGGUGCGCGCCGAGUCCUUCGACACGUGGGCCAACAAGGUGCGCAUCGCCCUGGAGGUGGAGGACGGCCGCAAGCGGACGCUGGAGGAGCUGCGGGCGCUGGAGUCGGAGGCGCGGGAGCGCAAGUUCCCCGAGAACGAGCUGCUGCACCGCCUCAAGGGCUGCCUCAGCCAGGCCGAGCGCUGCGUCUCCGAGGCCCUGGGGCUCAUCAGCUCCCAGGAGACAGGGCUUCCAGCCCCCUCGCUGACGGUGGAGGAGCUCCGCGCCUUCCUGGAGCAGAUGAACCAGCUCCCCUGCGUCAUGCACCAAAUCGGGGAGGUCCAGGCCCUGCUGGAACGCGUCGAAGCCUUCCAAGCGGAGGCGCGGGCGGCUCUGGAAGCGACCCCCCCGGGACCCGGAACGGCCCCCCCAGCUCCGGGGGCUUUACGGGGGCUGCUGGAACGGGGGGCCCGGCUCGGCGUGGAGGUCCCGGAGGGGCGAAGGUUGGAACGGCAGCUGGCCCAGGCCGCUUGGUUGGAGGAGGUGACGGCCACCUUGCGCUCCCCCCGCGCCCGCGUCCCCCUCCCCGUCAUGAGGGGCCUGAUCCAGGCCGGCCGCACCGUGGCGCCCAGCCCCGCCGUUGACGUGGCCAUGGCCGAGCUGCAGGAGCUGCUCACCAUCGCCCAGCGCUGGGAGGAGAAGGCCCAGAUGUGCCUGGAGGCCAGGCAGAAGCACCCCCCGGCCACCCUGGCGGCCAUCAUCAAGGAGGCGGAGAACAUCCCGGCGCUGCUGCCCAACAUCCAGGCCCUCAAAGAGGCGCUGGCCAAGGCUCGCGCCUGGAUCGCCGACGUGGAGGAGAUCCAGAACGGAGACCACUACCCCUGCCUGGACGAUCUCGAGGGGCUGGUGGCGGUGGGCCGGGACCUCCCGGUGCGCCUGGAGGAGCUGCGGCAGCUCGAGGUGCAGGUGGGCACGGCCCACUCGUGGCGGGACAAAGCCUCCCGCACCUUCCUCAAGAAAAACUCCUGCUACACCCUGCUCGAGGUGCUGUGUCCCUGCGCCGACGCCGGCUCCGACAGCAGCAAGCGGCUCAAGUGGCGGCAGGAGCAGCCGGGGCUCUACAAGCUGGACGCCGAGAGCUUGGGGCUGUCGGCGCAGGAUCUCCGCGACCCCGGCGCCGUGAUCGUGGCCUUCAAGGAAGGCGAGCAGAAGGAGAAGGAGGGCAUGCUGCGCCUGCGCCACGCCAACUCCCAAAAACCCGCGCCGCCCGCUCCGGGCCCCGGGCCACCUUCGUGCGUCUGCGGCCAACCCCCGACCCCCGGCAUGCUCCAGUGCCAGCUCUGCCGGGACUGGUUCCACGCUUCCUGCGUGGCUUGGCCCCGCUUGGGCACCCAAAAACCCUCGGCGCCUUGGUGGGAGUGGGACGCCAAGUUCCUCUGCCCGCUCUGCCAGCGCUCGCGGCGGCCGCGCUUGGAGACCAUCCUGGCGCUGCUGGUGGCCCUGCAGAAGCUGCCGGUGCGGCUGCCCGAGGGCGAGGCGCUGCAGUGCCUGACGGAGCGAGCCAUCACCUGGCAGGACCGCGCGCGCCAGCUCCUGGCCUCCCCCGAGCUGGCGGCCCCCCUGGAGCGCCUGGCGGCCCUGCGGCACCGCCUGCACGGCGACGGGGCCGGGGCGCUGCGGGAGGCCAGCCGCAACGAGCAGACCAAGGUCUCGGUGGAGAACGGUGACGCCCCCAGCCCAGAGAAGAACGGCCCGCUGCCCUCGGAGCUGGAGGCGCUGAGCGCGGCGCUGCCGCGGCUGCAGGGCCCGGUGCUGGAGCUGGCCGAGGGCGCGCGGCGGCCGCUGGAGGAGCUGAUGAUGGAGGGCGACCUCCUCGAGGUGACGCUGGACGAGGCCCAGAGCAUCUGGCGCCUGCUGCAGGCCGCCCGCCCGCCCCCCCUCGGCCUCUUCCGCCUCCUCCUCGAGCUGGAGCAGGCGGAGCGGCGGGGGGCGCGGGGCCGGGGCCGGGACCCCGAGCGGCGCCGCAAGCGCCGGGGGGAGCGGGGCGAUGCCCCCCCCCUGGCCAAGGAGGAGCUGGAGCCAAAGAGGAGCAGGGGUCCUGAGGGGGGGGCCCCCCGGGACAGCCCCCCCCCGGCCCCCACGCCACGGGGGUAA